AGUAGGGUGCUGUUGGAACUCUGUUUCUCCUUACAUCUGAGAUGACCCAUGAGCCCAUGUCAGGAAGACCUCUAACAUCAAAGGUCCACAAAGCUUCUGGCAUCUUCUGUUGUUUUAUGUGACGUCACACCUGGACGAGUGAUGACGGCCAACUGAACUAGACUCACACCUUUGUAUAAACACGAUACAGUAUAACUAGAUGUAAACACUUUUGAAACAAGAUAUAACUACGAUGUUACACUAUAUUAACACAAUAUUUAUAUUUAUGGCAUCAGUGCCUUUAUGCCAUCACCAGCCAUAUAUGAGAGAAAUCAGAAAAAACCUUCAACAUGUUGGGGUUGUCUGAACAGCCUUCAGCGAAGUCACAAACGAAUAUUAUCUUGUCCGUUUAAGAGAAAUAGUUUUAUACAAUAGUUAUAUUUCCAUGUGAACUCAUUCUGUAAGUUGCCUUUCUGAUUACAGUGUGUUUAUUUCUCUUGAAUUUAGUCUAUGUAGAAUAUAUAGUUCCAUGUCACAGAAGCGUAUACGUGUCGAUCUCUACCACCCUUUAUAGACUAUUGAUCUUACUAAUGUUUCAAGUACCUAUCCGCUAAAGACACGUUUCAAAAGCUCAAAUUCACUUAAUAAAUAAGAAGCACUUUAAACACUGGACGCAAUGUGAUUUUUGAAGUACUGUUAUUAACUGUUUCUCAGGCAGCGUGGUGUGCUCUGAUUGGCUACACGGGAGGCUUGCCCAUUGUUUAUCUCUGGGACUUGUAGUCUUUCCAAUAAGAACAAGCCGUUGCCUACGAUUCAUGUCAGCACUUUAUUCAACUACAGUCGUCCAUCUUUAGGGCAGGGCUACGUUUGACAGCACUUGACGCUCAUUUGUGUUUGGAGGCGGGGCCAAAGCAGGAAUAAAACACUAGACAUGUUCCCAGCAGCUGUCAGUUCAGAAGUUUCAUUCAUUAAUGAGAGGAAAACUGUUGAGUAAGUGCAAGACUCAAGUGCCAAAUGAAGUGUUGUGCAUUCAGCGACGCUGGAGUAGAGUAGUGAACAAGGGACAGCUUUCUGCGCUAUGAUCGGCCGAACUCUGUCCAUAUGGUACGGGGUCUUCACCUGCUUGGCGGUGAUAUCUGGACGUCUCUACCCCGAGCUGACAGGGGUGCUGGAUGACUGCUUCUGUGACAUCGAGAGCAUCGACUCCUUCAACAACUUCAAGAUCUACCCCCGUGUCAAGAGGCUGACCGAGAGAGACUUCUUCAGAUACUACCGGGUGAACCUGAAGCGUCCAUGUCCUUUCUGGCCCGACGACGGACACUGCUCCAACCGAGACUGCAACGUGGAGCCCUGCCCAGAGAGUAUGAUUCCUGUGGGAAUUAAGUCGGGGAACUUCAACAAGUACUCAAAGGCAGCCGCUCCUGUGUCUGAUGUGGCGUCAUGUGAGCGGCCCACAGACCUCGGAGCCAUCAACAGCAGCCUGAGUAACCAGAGUAAAGAGGCCUUUGUGGACUGGGAUCGUCACGACGACGCACAGGACCACUUCUGUGAGAUAGAUGAUGAGAGCUCUCCAGAUGCAGCCUAUGUGGACCUGUUGCUGAACCCAGAGCGAUACACCGGGUACCAGGGUCCUUCUGCCUGGAGGGUCUGGAACAGCAUCUACGAGGAGAACUGCUUCAAACCUCGAUCAGUGUACCGACCUUUGAACCCACUGGCUCCUACCAGGGGAGACGAUGAUGGAGAAGGAUUCUACAACUGGCUGGAAGGGCUGUGUCUGGAGAAGAGAGUCUUCUAUAGGCUCAUCUCUGGUCUUCACACCAGCAUCAACAUGCACUUGUGUUCCCAGUAUCUGCUGGAUGAGGGGUGGGGCAAGUCGGUGUGGGGUCCCAACGUGCAGGAGUUCCGCCAGCGCUUCGACCCGGCGGAGACCAAGGGCGAGGGCACGCGGCGCCUCAAGAACCUGUACUUCCUGUACCUCAUCGAGCUGCGGGCGCUCUCCAAGGUGGCGCCCUACUUCGACCGCUCCUUCAUCAACCUGUACACGGGCAACAACCAGGAGGACGGGGCCACCAAGGACCUGCUGCUGCAGAUCUUCAACGAGACCAGGGCCUUCCCCAUGCACUUUGAUGAGAGCUCCAUGUUCGCUGGGAAGAAGCUGGAGGCCAAGAUAUUAAAGGAGGAGUUUCGACUCCAUUUCAAGAACAUCUCCAGGAUAAUGGACUGUGUAGGCUGCAGUAAAUGUCGUCUGUGGGGAAAACUACAGACCCAGGGUCUGGGCACGGCCCUGAAGAUCCUGUUCUCUGAGAAGGAGAUCCAGAGCCUCACUGAAAACAGCCCCUCCUCGGCCUUCCAGCUCACCAGGCAGGAGAUCGUGGCCUUGCUCAAUGGCUUCGGCAGGCUCUCCACCAGCAUCCACCAGCUCCAUGUCUUCCGCUCCUUGCUGAAGGGGAAGAGGUAGCGGUCCUCCGAGCCAGCAGGUGGCGCCAGUCCCUAGGGAACUGCAAUAGUCUCAUCCAGGAUGAGGCCUCCUUCAGGGACCCUCUCUUACUGUAGUCCACAUGCCCCCCGGCCUGCGGUGUGCCCCCCAGUCCUUCCCACAACGCCUGCUGAUCCCUCGCUUCUCCUUCCGUCAAAUUGGGACAAAACUCUGCUUUUGAAUAGUUUCUUCUUCCUGAGCGGUGGAACUAUAGCGCCCCCUAGAGGCUUUCAUCUGUAUGAAGCGGGGCCUCGCCCCUCGGGAUGACAACAUGCUCACAAAGAACAGGAACAGCACCCCACCCCCCCCCCCCCUCCAGUCCUCUGAUAGGCUGUUGCCCUUUUGAGGAUUCCUGCUGCAUUAUGCUUCUCAGGCUGUGUGUGUGUGUGUGUGUGUGUGUGUGUGUGUGUGUGUGUGUGUGUGUGUGUGUGUGUGUGUGUGUGUGUGUGUGUGUGUGUGUGUGUGUGUGUGUGCGCGUGCGUGUACCUUGGGACGUGUGUGUGUUUGUAAGCCCCUGCGGUUGCUGUGAAUGAUCAACAGUUGCAGCUAUGAUUAUUGAAAGCUGUGAUGGAAUCCAUUCUUAAGAAAUAUCCUCCAUCGGAUAGCACAUGAAACUUGUGCUGUUUUAUAGUUCUUUGUAUUCUGUGAAGCGAUUCCCUCUCGGAAUCAGUCUGUCUCCAGCUUGGCCGGGCUGUUGUAAUGCUGUGCCUCCUUUUGAUUUAGUUUUUUGUCGUCUUUGAGCACGAUGUUUAGUGCUAACGCUGAAGGCUACUCCUCUGAACCAUAGCAAAGCUGUCUUUUUCCAAACGCAACGUAGAACAAGCAUAGGACCCCCCUCACUUCCCUUUAGUGAUGGUGUUUCCUAGGAAACGAGGAGGGUGGGGUAGAGCUGAUGGACCAAAGUGAAGUUUGUUACGUCUCUUAUUUAUUCUGGUGGAUUUUGUGUGUAUAUUGUGGUUUUGAUUUGAUUUACUUUAGUUCAUUUGGACCUGGCCGAGCCCUUCUGACCUCUUGACCUCUGCUCAGCAGGGUGCAGAAAGAGAAACAUGCUAGCAAGACAUGCUAACUUCUCCGCAGUUGAUACCAUUCUACAGUCAAGCAAUGUUAGGUGUGUGUGUUUCUGUUUGUGUGUGUGUGUGUGUGUGUGUGUUUGUCUGUCUCCAUCCCUCACAUUCCACAUGUCUGCCUUAAGAACCAAGCAAUCAUUGAUUUGAACGCCUGCUUGUGGUUCUGGUGUUUCCGUCUGGUUUCUCCACGUCUGCUCGUGACUGUGUAAACGUGGGAGUUGUAUUUAUUUGAACAGAGUAAUGAAUAAAUCUAAUUUCCAGAUGGCAGCAGUUGUCGUCCCUUUUAUUGUGUCCAAAUACAAAGCAGGUGUGAGACCAAAGGUGUAGUAACUAGUUGAGUGUACUAGUUGAGUGUGGUAACUAGUCACCAGUUGGGGGUAGUAACUAGUAGUCUAGUUGAGUUUAGUAACUAUCAGUCACUUGCUGAGCAGCUGAGUAACUAGUUAUCACUACUUGAGAGUAGUAACUAGUAGCAGCUAGUAUUUUGACCACUGAAAUUCUUUUAUUUUCACGACACUACACAGAUCCAAAGACACAAAAACAGCUCUUGGCUAACGUCAAACCGGUUCUUUGUAAACUGUUCAAACGUGCUAAACCAUAGAACCAGAUCAGUGUUAUCUAUGUUACCUAUCUGUUUGUUUGAAAAUGGAAAAAAAAUAUCAAUCUUGUUUGGCUCUUGUAGUCAGGUUCGAUACGCUUGUACGGAUCAGUAUCAGUACACCCGCUAUUUCUUCAUACAGCUGUGACUUCUGCUGGUCCUGCUGUUCCUGGUCUCUCCUGCUUCCCCUCCUGGUCCUGAUUGCCUUCAGACGAUGCUCUCUGGUGGUUGGAACCAGUGACAUGUCUGGACCGGUCCUGGAUACUAGUUUGCAAUCAUCGUGAUGCAGCAAGAGGUUCUGAUGGAAUUGUCUGUGUCACCGUCAGUGAUGGCAGCCAAUAACUGUCCAUGGUUCACUGUGCACGUCAUACUGUGGCCUGGCCAUUAACAGCACAACCUCGACAGCAAAACAUUCCUCAAACAGUGAUUUCAAGUCUUGCUGAAAUGCUUCCCAGAGUUUAUUAAAUAAAGAUCAUAAGAAACAUUGAACCAAAGCUUCUACCACUACUACUACUACUACUAGUUUAACCCCAGACCAGAGAUGUUGGUCAGAACCUUCAGAUUGUCGCAAGUGUGAGCAUGCAGCACAUUCUGACAACAAAAUAAUUCACAGAUAUACAGAUGGACAUAUCUGAAGU